AUGAGUUACUUCCUGUCUUACUGCAAAGCUCAUGGCGGCGCGCUGCUCACUGGCUACCAGGCCCUGCGCGCCGAGGGCUUCCUGUGCGACGUGACUUUGGAGGCCCAGGGCAGCGAGUUCCCGGUGCACAGGUCCCUCCUCGCGUUCAGCGACUACUUCAGGGCCCUGUUCAAGAGCCACACCCUGGAAUCCCGGGCACGCGUGAUUCACCUGCACGUGCCUUUCGGCCACCGGCCUGCAGCGCCUGCUGGAACUUCAUCUACACCGGCCUGGCUGCCGCUCUCCAUGGACACCGUGGAGGACACGCUGGAGGCCGCCAGCUACCUUGCAGGUCACGAGCCCUGGACUGUGUGCCGCUACUUGGAGCCUGCUGCUCCGGAGAACUGCGGACGCCCGCAGCAGAGCCGGAGGAAGGAGGAGGAAGGAGAGCAGGUGGAGGAGGGAGAGGAGGAGGACGAGGACUGGGAGCUCACCCAGGACGUGGUGGCCUUCGAUGUGUACAAUCACAGCUGGCGCAGCCUCACGCAGCUCCCCGCACCGCUCCUGGGGCACAGCGUGUGCGCAGUUGGGAACUUCCUGUUCGUCCUGGGCGGGGAGAGCCCUUCAGGCGGAAGUGCCUCCUCUCCCCAGGCCGCUGGCCUGCCGGAGGUCACGGCCCGCGUGCACCGUUAUGACCCGCGCUUCCACGCUUGGACGGUGGUGCCCGCGAUGCGGGAGGCGCGGGCCCACUUCUGGUGCGGCGCCGUGGGCGAGGGGCUGCUGGCCGUCGGGGGCCUGGGCGCAGGCGGCGAGGCGCUGGCCUCGGUGGAGAUGUACGACUUGCGCCGGGACCGCUGGACCGAGGUUGGGGCGCUGCCGCGGGCCCUGCACGGUCACGCGGGGGCCGUCGGGGACCGCGGUGUCGUGUACAUCUCCGGGGGCAAGGCCGGGAGAGGCGAGGGCGGCACGAGCAGUUUGAGGGACGUGUACUCCCUGGGGCCCGGGGCCCGAGCCUGGAGCAAGAGGGCGCCUAUGGGCACGGCCCGCUUUGGGCAUCACAUGGCCGCACUUCGAGGCGCGGUCUUUGCCUUUCUGGGGCACUACGAGCCCUUCUCUGAGAUUGAGCGCUACGACCCGGGCACGGACCAGUGGACCCGGCUGCGGCCACUUCCCUACGACCGCUUCUGCUAUGGGCUGGCGGUGGUGGAGGAGACGGCGCUGCUGCUGGGCGGCGUCAAGUGGCGGGACUCGCGCCAGGUGCCCACCCGCAACGUGGUGGGCUAUGACCUCGACCUAGACCGCUGGGAGGACAUCGACUGCGCGCUGCCUUGGGCCUGGAGCGGCCUGCAGUGCGCGGUGCUGCAGCUGCCCGAGGGUGCUGACGAGGAGAGGGAGGGCGAGACUGGAGAGAAUGGAGAGGCUCCAGAUGUCGUGUUGGGCUUAACGGGUUAGUGCAGUCUCAGAUCCAAGGAGGAGAAAGUUGUGUCUGAGCAGGUUUACAGAGCAACGAGUGGGCUUUUCCUAAGAAUGGGACUCUGGGAACUGAGUGGCUUCUGAAGGUUAAGGGGGCAAAUAAGUGUUUGGCCAAAGAGGAACAUUUCCCUUUAAGCUGAGAAACGGAGACAGGAGGGGUCAAAAUGAAGGACAUGUGAACCAGCUUCAGUGAGCUAGUGAUUUCUAGAAAUUCUCAUAAUGCUGGGCCAGGGAUGGGCUUUCGAAAAUAAAAUAUGACCCUAUUUUUCUUCUCAUAGGUAAGUGUUUUCCUAGGUGCUAAACAGUGAUUACAUUUGUGCCAAAUUGCCAAAAAAGGGUACUAUAAGAAGGUAUACACAAGACCCAGAAAAUCAUUAAUUAUAAAGGCUGUAAUAAAUAGUCCAAGAAAAUGGCAUUAUCUGAAUAAACAGUGAAGGGAUAGUGCCUUGGUUAAAUAAGGAGAAAUAUGAUUUUAUGGUCUAGAACCCUGGUUCUGCUCUAGUUUAAUAUAAAUAUGGAACUGAGAGGGAAAAAUGAUCUCUACGAAAGCACCUUUUAUUUUUUUUAUAAAAAAACCUGGCUUACUUUUUUCUGUCCUUCAUCCUUACUUACCCCUUAUCUGCUUUUGCGCUGAAUUUAGGCAGUUUAUUGCUUUUAAGUUUUAUUUCAGCAACACUUAGCCAUAAUAAUCAGGCUCCUUUGGUUAAGUGGGACAUCUAACAGAAAAAA